ACCUCUGGCCAGGCGACAUCUUCUCCCUCUCCCUACUCCUCAAUUCCUGUUCAUCUUUGUUCCUGGGUAUUGCAGCUUCUUCCUUUUGUUUUCAUAAUGUCUGCCUCUUGUUCGGCGUUGAGACGGCUGACCCACAGGUCUCCCCGCACUUUCCAGUCCCGCAUUGCCUCCGUCUCCAGACCUUCGUCUUUCAUCGCUCUCAACACUUGCAAGACAGUGACUUCUGUUGUCCCUCGUGUAUCACGCUUCUCAACCAUGUCUUCCCUUCAAAGUGCUGCUCCCCCUGCUCCGGCAGACAAGUCCUAUGAUCCUGAGAUCAAGGACAUGGCUGACUACAUCCACAACUACGAUGUGAAGUCUGACUUGGCGUACGACACCGCUCGUCUGGUGUUCCUCGAUACUCUGGGAUGUGGACUGGAAGCCUUGAAAUUCAAGGAGUGUGCGAAACUUCUUGGCCCUGUGGUCGACGGAACUGUGGUCCCCAAUGGUACUCGCGUGCCUGGUACUCCUUACCAGCUUGACCCCGUCAACGGUGCGUUUAACAUCGGUGCUAUGAUUCGCUGGUUAGACUACAACGACUGCUGGUUGGCCGCUGAAUGGGGCCACCCCUCGGACAACUUGGGCGGUAUCCUUGCUGUUGCUGACUGGAUCUCUCGUACCAACCGUGCUGGUGGAAACUUGGGCAAUGGCAAGAUCUUGACCGUCAAGGACGUUCUCGAGGCCAUGAUCAAGGCCCACGAAAUCCAGGGUGUUCUGGCUCUGGAGAACUCGUACAACAAGGUCGGAUUGGACCACGUUGUGCUGGUUAAGGUGGCUACAACUGCUGUGGUCUCCAAGAUGCUCGGACUCAAUGAGAAGCAGACCGCGGAUGCGAUCACCCAGGCCUGGGUGGACGGUCAGAGUCUCCGAACCUACAGACACUCUCCUAACACCAUGUCGAGAAAGUCGUGGGCUGCUGGUGAUGCUUGCCAGCGUGCUGUCAACCUCGUCCUGAAGGUGCAGAAGGGCGAGGGUGGAUUGCACACUGUGCUGUCUGCUCCUGGCUGGGGUUUCUAUGACGUCCUGUUCAAGGGCAAGAAGUUCCAGUUCCAGCGCCCAUAUGGAAGCUACGUCAUGGAGAAUGUUCUCUUCAAGGUUUCCUACCCUGCCGAGUUCCACUCCCAGACUGCCAUCGAGGCCGCUCAGAUCGUUAACAAGAAGCUCGCGGCGCUGGGCAAGACCGCCAAGGACAUCAAGGAGAUCACCAACCGCACUCACGAGGCUUGUGUCCGUAUCAUUGACAAGCAGUUCAAGGCUAUGGACAACUUUGCCGACCGUGACCACUGUGUCCAGUACAUGGUUGGAACCAUGUUGGUCUUCAACCGCCUCACUGCCAGCGACUAUGCCGAUGGCUCGGAGGCUGCCACUUCGCCGCUCCUGGAGGACCUCCGUAAGCGCAUCCGCUGCGUUGAGGACGAGGCAUUCACCAAGGACUACCACGACCCAUCCAAGCGUACCAUCCCCAACGCUCUCACCGUCACCCUGAACGAUGGCACAGUCCUCGACGAGGUGGUUGUUGAGGCUCCUCUUGGCCACCGUCUGAGACGUGAGGAGGCCAAGCCCGAGAUCUUGGACAAGUACAAGCGUCACUUGCAAGCCCACUUUGACCAGGCCCGCAUUGAUGAACUGUACAACCUGGGCUUGGACAGAACCGCUCUCGAGAACACCGAGGUGGACAAGUAUGUUGACUUGUAUGUCAAGGACAAGUUGGUCGCUUCUUCCUAAGGGUUUGAUGCAAGACAAUAUUAGAUUGUAUUGAUUUCAUCAUGUUAUAAAUUAUGAGCGAUAUCUCAUUCAGUGACACAAUAUAAUUAAUUGAAUGAAAGUGCUGUAAAAAUAGUCGGGU